AUGGUAAAUGAAUCGGCUUAUCAACUUCGGAAUUCUUCAAGCAAGUUUAGCCGUGAAAGUGAGUGUGACCACAACUCGUUUCUGCGUCAAGCUAGGCGCAGUCGUCGUUCAUCAUCACACAAAGAAAACAAUGGUCCUCCUUUGAUUCCGAUAAGCCCUCGGUUAACGAGGGCUACCCCACUUAAGAGCAUCCACCUAAUCAAUACAAUUGAUGAGUCUGCAGCCUAUUCAUCAACACCGAUUCGAAGACCAAAAGCUGCUAUGAACCUGCAGAAAAACGCUACUCGCUUGAAGCGUUCUUCUAGUGUCAGAUCAAGCCCGGUUGUUACUUCAAGGCGUACUCUACGACGUAGCAGUCGACGUACAAUACAAACUGUCCCAAGCGCAGUAUUGCAGGUUAGGCUGGAACGUUUCUCUGUUCAAUCUCCUGGUACACAGUCUGAUGCAGUUGGUGACUCAGAUGAUAGCAGUUCCGCAAAUGAAUCCCAAAAAGACAUGCCGGCUGUCAAGCAAUCAAUAUCUACUUUUUUUUCUCCACGGCGCUUCAGUUCUACAGAAAAGGAUCAGGCAGCCAACUAA